ACUGUUUUGACUCGACACAUAUCACUGUGGAGGUGAAAAUCAUCUCUUUAUAAACUUCAGCGUCUGAUGUCUCUGACAGGUCGCUAUCAUUGAGCACAAUGUCCUGGCAGAAACAGACUUUUCUCUGGCUCAUCUUCUGUGCUACAUCUCAGAUGACCACCUCUAAUGGGACGGUUGUUUAUAAUAUGUCUAUUCAGAUAAACGGCACAGGUUGUCCAGGUCCAGCUAUAAACAUGAUGCCUCUACCAGACCAACCAACUUAUAUACUGACAGAGAAUUCUUGCAUUACUAUAUUCAAAAACAAUACAUUCCCCAUAGGACUUUGCAGAACAAACGCUGGAAACGAAACAUUCAUUUUCAACAAAAAUGAAUUAGGAGCGAACCAGACAUUAUACAUAAAGGACAUCCAACCAUUACAGCCAUCAAAUGCCAGUUCAGCAGCUUGCUCAUGCCCCUCUUUUAUCAACUUUACAUUCUCUCCUGAUGACCUUGAGCAGAUCUGUAAUGUGACGGCUCAGUAUGGAUCUUUCUGCAACGGGAAUAAUGUGAGCUACUACGCUUUAAACCUAACCGUGACUCCAGUGACGUGCUGCAUUAAACCAACUGAUGCAACCUACACAACUCUCAGAACCACAACUCCCAGUAUGACGACAGUGUCAGAAGGAAUGACUGCUUCAAAAGCCUUACAAAUGAUGGACGAACUCGAGGAGAAAAUCCACAAUAUGACACAAGAGAAUAAAACUACUGAAGCGAUCAUCAAAGAUAAUGUUAAAGGUCUUAUCUACAUACAGGACCCAAAGAAAGAGCCAGAAGAUAUGGGCAUGGUGUGUUCAUCAGAUCAGGAUAACCUAACUAUUAACGAGAAUCAAAAUAUCUUGCAGACAAAGUUUUCCUGGUAUGUUAAAAUAUCCAAGGAAGCCUUCAAUAAAUCCAGUUUGGAGAACAACGGAAGCACAUUUGUCGGAAUUCUACAGUUCAAAAACAUGAAUAUCAAUGUGACAGAUAAACAUACUCUUUUGAAAAAUGAAAUGUAUGGAAUAACUAUGGGAGCAAAUAUCUCAAAUCUUACGGACAAUAUUGAAAUAUUAAUUCGAUCAGAAAUUGUGAGUAGUAAUGCAACCUGCAAUUCCUGGAGUGGCAAAGGAGAAGUGAAAUGGACGACAUUCGGCUGUGACACAAAAAUAGUGAACAACCUCAUCCAAUGCUCAUGUUCACAUCUGACGUUCUUCGCUGUGCUGAUGUCAAUGCCUGAUUCAAACAUCACAGCACCUUACGUGGGGUCAUUGACGUACAUCACGUAUAUCGGCUGUGGUUUAUCCAUGUUUUUUCUGGGCAUCGCUCUGUUCAUGCACUUUCUGUUACGGAAAAACAGAUCCAACCACGCAACGAAGAUCCUGAUCAAUAUGUUUGUGGCUUUAUUUCUACUGAAUUUAUCAUUUUUGUCCAAUGAGAAUAUCGCAAACACACAAAACAAGUCUUCGUGUGUUUUCAUAGCAUUGAUCAUGCAUUACUCUAUGCUGGCAACAUUCACCUGGUUCUUCCUUCAAGCUCUUCAUAUGUAUUUAUGGCUCAUCAGACAAACCGUCAAAAUUAAAAACUACAUGAGAAAGAUCACAGUGUCAGCAUGGGUGUUUCCGUCUCCAGUCGUGAUCAUCAUCGCGUCUAUAGGAGAGUAUAAAUCAAUAAAGAUCAGCUCAACAUCACAAAUGUGCUGGAUUGAAAAUAUCUACAUUCACUACAUCGUAAACAUCGGCUACUAUUCCAUCGUCUUCUGCUUUACUUCAGGAAUCUUCAUUAUGAUCGUCACCAAAAUUAUCCAAGCAAGAAACGUGAAAGUGGGUGACGUGAAGAGAUUGACAUUCAAGAAACAGAUGUUGAUGAUCUUGAGUCUGUUCUUACUCUUUGGUUUGACGUGGGGUGUUGCUUUCUUCAGUUAUGGAAACAUGAUCAUCCCGUCUUAUUAUAUCUUCACUGUGUUGAACUCAUUUCAGGGUUUUUUCCUCUUUCUGUAUUAUUAUCACAUUCGUAAUGAUUUUGAAGAUGGUUUUUCUGAAGAUCCAGACCGAUCCAGCUCCACUGCCACCAUUACUCAAUCCACCAUAAGCACCGCAGAAGAUAAUCUUUACAGUUAAAUGAGUUCAAGUAAAAGAUUUCACUACUUGAGCUUUCAUCACUUUAACUGCAUUAUCUCUAUUUGUUAGUUGAUAGUUAACAUGAAUGACAGACACUGGUAGUUACUAUAAAGGAUUUUAUUUCAUCUGUAUGGUUGCGGGUAAUCUGUUCUGAAAUCAUUUUAUUUAAGUAUGAAAACAUUUAUCAAUGUAUUUUGUUUUAACUCUUUACUAAUCAUUAUAAUCUGUAGACCUCUGCAAGCGUAUUAUUGAUUGUAAAAAUAUGAAUUAGUGCCAUUAAA